UUUCUGCUUUGUUUUUAAACGCACGCUCGCGCCGACGCGGACGCAUCGGACGUCGGAUGAGCCCCAGAACGCGACUCCUGGGCGUGAACCCGGCCCAAAGCAUGUGCCCACGCGCCCCCGAGCUGCUGCGGCGCGUGGAGGCCGUCGUGGUGCUGGAGCAGCUGGGCAGCACGCUGUUCGACACCGCGCUGCAGCUGGUGGUGAGGGAGCGCUGCGCCAACGCCACCUCCGACGGCGAACAGAGAGCCAUGACCGACUUCUACAUGGUCUACAACCUGCUGGUGCAGCUGCUGCCCAUCGCGCCCGCCGUGCUGCUCGCCAGGCUGGGCGACGGCGGCAGGAGGAGGGCCCCCGUGGCGGUGCCGCUGCUCGGGUACCUGCUGUCCAGGCUCGCGCUGCUCCUCGUCGUGUGGCUGCGCCUCCCGCUGCGCGUGAUGUUCGGAGCGGCGGCGGUGCUCGGCCUCUCCGGCGGCUUCAGCGCGUACUGGCCCGGGGUGAUGACGCUGGCGUCGCUGCGCUCCAGCGCCGCGGAGCGCUCCAUAGCCAUGAUGAGAGUGGAGCUGCUGUACGGGGCCGCGGGCGUGCUCGGCAGCCUGGUGUCCGGUCACCUGUUCCAGCUCCACAGCUCCAGCGUGGGGGACGGGGGCGUCCUGCUGGUGGUGAGCACCGUGCUGCACCUGCUCUGCCUCCUGCACGCGGCGUUCCUGCUCCAGGUCAGACAGGCGCCCAGCGCUGAGCCGCAGGACAGCUGCCGCCUCGUGUCUCCCGCAGCGGAAGGCGCACGCGCUCCGGUGAUGCGGGCGCUGGCUGGCAUGAACGUGCUGAACCUGGUGCUGCUCUUCACCGCCGCCAUCCUGUACGACUUUGCAGUGGGUGGAGCCGUGGAGAUUCUGGGGCCUUUUGUGAUGAAGGCGCCGCUGAGCUGGAACGCUGCUCAGGUCGGCUACGGAAACGCAGCAGGCAGUGCGAUUUUCCUCACCAGUUUCCUCGGAGUCCUCGUGUUCCGCCGCUGGUUCGCCGACACCACGCUCAUCCUGAUCGGCCUGCUGUCCUUCGCCUCCGGAAUCUACUUCAUGUCCUUCGUCACGGCGACCUACAUGUUCUACCUCGCUCGCUCGCUCACCCUGUUCGCUCUCAUCCCGAUGCCCACGAUCCGAUCUCUGGUGUCGCAGCAGGUUCCGGCUUCUACCUGCGGCACCACUCUCACCGCUCUACAGCUGGCCCUGAAGUUCGCCGGCCUCGCCUACAUCCCCGCCUUCACCAAGAUCUACCAGGCCACCCUGGACUGGUUCCCGGGCUUCGUCUUCACACUGUCCAGCAUUUUUACAGCCCUGGCCAUGAUACCUGUCAGCAUCGUCGGCUGCAGAGCACCACAGAGGCAACAGUAUGAGCAGAUUUAGGGAGUGUGAGGUCUGGACCAGGACUCACGGCCUCGGCCUGUGGAGGGACCUGAAGGAGCACAGGACCAUGAAUGUAAAAAGACACGCUCGCAGGCCGUGACCUCAAGCUCUGAGAGGAGGAAACUGAAAGUAGGUAUGUGCUAAAAAGCGGACAUUGACUUGUAAUGUUUAGCAACCAACACAAGACUGUGGAAAAAGCCGAAGUCAUCAACCACUGGAUUACUCCUUCACUAAGUCACCUCCAUAACAAAACCACAGUGACGAUGACGUCUCAGUGGAUGAGUCAGACGUGAAAAGUCCCCACAAGAAAAAAAAAACUCACAAAAAUACAUAUGAACACUGGCACUUGCAGAGAUUAUUUUUAGUAGCAACAAACUUUGCUUCUUUUAUUUUAUAUGCAGCAUAUGUGAGAUCACAUUUAAAGGGUUUAAAUAUAUAAAAACAAGGAUCACGGUGUUCACGAACGUUUAAACCUGCAGGUCAGGAGGGUCAGAGUCAAAACGUCUGUCUUUGUUCUCGUCACGAUUGUAUCAGUUUCCACAUUUUUGUAAAACACUGCACAGACGGAGUUUCCACACAAUGUUAUCUCAACAGUUAGACUAUUUCAGUUUGGUAAAUGCUUGUAUUUUUGUUAUUAUCAAACCUGAGUUUAUAACAAACUCAAAUGAAUGAUUUUGAAGUUGUUAAAUUCAUAAAAAUGUGCAAUAUUGACACAUGUAACAGAAGACCAGAGAAAAUUAAAGCAGAGCAGGAAAUAUCGAA